GUGUUUCCGGGUCGCGGUCAUUUUGGAGCCCUUGUCUUGGGGAUUUGUGGGCGGCUGCGUCGCUGCCCACCCCUACCCCCGUUGCUCUCCAGCUCGCUUUGCGCCCUCCCUACCCCUUUUUGGGUCCUCAUCUGCCCCGGUCGCCCGGGCUCGCCUCGCUGUCGCCUGCCGCUGUCGUCGGGAGGGAAGAUGAACGGGAGGGCUGAUUUUCGAGAGCCGAAUGCAGAAGUUCCAAGACCAAUUCCCCACAUAGGGGCUGAUUACAUUCCAACAGAAGAAGAAAGAAGAGUCUUCGCAGAAUGCAAUGAUGAAAGCUUCUGGUUCAGAUCUGUGCCUUUGGCUGCAACAAGUAUGUUGAUUACUCAAGGACUAAUUAGUAAAGGAAUCCUUUCAAGUCAUCCCAAAUAUGGCUCCAUCCCUAAACUUAUAUUUGCUUGUAUCAUGGGGUACUUUGCUGGAAAGCUUUCUUAUGUGAAAACCUGCCAAGAGAAGUUCAAGAAUCUGGAAAACUCCCCUCUUGGAGAAGCUUUACGAUCAGGGCAAGCACGACGAUCUUCACCAGCUGGGCACUAUUCUCAAAAGUCAAAGUAUGACUCAAAUGUGAGUGGUCAGUCAUCUUUUGGGUCAUCCCCAGCAGCAGACAACAUAGAAAAAGAGAUGCUUCCUCGUUAUGAACCAAUUCCAUUCAGUGCUUCUAUGAAUGAAUCUACUCCCACUGGUAUUACUGAUCAUAUUGCCCAAGGACCUGAUCCCAUCCUUGAAGAAAGUCCCAAAAGAAAAAGUAUUACAUAUGAGGAAUUAAGGAAUAAGAACAGAGAGUCAUAUGAAGUAACUUUAAGCCAAAAGGCUGAGCCCUCAGUCAGGCCUCUGCAGGACAGAGUGCCAAAAAAAGAAGUCAAAGUAAACAAAUAUGGAGAUACUUGGGAUGAGUGAAAAAUUCCACCACCGGACCUACUGAAGGAGUUUCCAUAUGCAGCUUCAUCUAGGAGGUCAUGAACGCCUGCAUGCUUCGAGCUCAGCAGCAGUCUUCAUAAACACAUGUGAAGGCAAAAUCCGGGCUUUGUGUGGUUUGAUUUACUGUGUUAAAAACCAGUGUGUAAAUGUACUCACCUUGCGGGGAAUCAUGUGAAUGCUGGUGUUAAACCAGGAUUGCACAAGGGAUCUUCACAAAGUUCAUGGAAAAUGGGUAUAUGGAAAAACUGCAUUUCAAAUUCUUUUGCACCAAAAUAAGCUGAUCUUGAGUUUUGUUUUCUAUGAACUUUUUGAGGUUCCCCUGCAUACAGUUUGUGAAACCAUUUUUAAGCUACAGGACAGUGAUACUCCUAAACAAUCAAGAGACUGUCUUGCUCUAGAAUCAGCAUAUCUGAAAAUAAAUAUCUGCAUGUUGAAUUGGGGUGGGCGGGGGUAGUAGACUAAAGCUUUACAUGAAUUAAUAAAAAGUGUUUCUUCAGUAUUUGCCGUUUUAUCCUUAUGGUAAAUAAAAUGUCAAAGAACAUGCAACAGCUCUCA